AUGGGGGAACAGAUUGUUCCAGAAUCAUUUGAUAGCGUCUCCAUUUUCUUCUCAGAUAUUGUGUCCUUCACGGAAUUCUCAUCGAAAUGCACUCCUAUGCAGGUCGUCAAUUUUCUCAACGACAUUUACACCAUCUUUGAUAGCACAAUCGACGAGAGAGAUGUUUACAAGGUUGAGACAGUUGGCGAUGCAUAUCUUUGCGUCUCUGGUUUGCCUCGUCGGAAUGGUUCAGAACAUAUUAAAGAGAUAUGUUUGAUGUCACUUAGUCUGCUGAAAGAUUUGAGAGACUUUCGCGUUUCACACAUGCCAUCGUAUAGGGUCAUGAUCCGCAUUGGUGUUCACACAGGUCCAUGCGUGGCGGGUGUAGUUGGUCUUGCUAUGCCGAAAUAUUGUUUGUUCGGCGAUACUGUGAACACUGCAAGCAGAAUGGAGAGCAAUGGAAAACCUGGGAAGAUACAUAUGUCUGAACAAGCAGCAAAACUUCUUGAAAAGAUGUACCCCGAAUUCAGGACGGAGCCUCGCGGAGAGGUUCUCAUAAAAGUAGGCUUUGGUCAGAAUUUAAGUGACAAUAAAUACCAUCUCUAGCA